CGCAAUGAACGGGUGUCGGAGCUCUGCACGGCAAAGGAGCAACCACAGCGAGACGAGGCGAUCAAGGGGAUGCGGCAUCGGUACGCGGGAGCUGUCCAUCAGCACCAAAUCCCCGACGAAAACCGAGGAAACAGCAAGCAGAGCCGAGACCAAGUCGCGCCUGUUUUCAGCCUGCCGCCCCCGCCCUCUUCUCACCACCGAGAUCGCACUUCUACCACCGCCGCUCACCGCCAGAGCCUCCAGGAGCUCCCCUGUCUGAGCCAGCCCUCUCGGAGACCUGUUCACAGCGGCGACCCUCUACCUCUGGCGAGCUACGACACCGCCCAGCGACCUUCACACCGAGUCAGUGAACCUAACACCGGGCAGCCGGCACACCUGCACCAGGAUCCCUGGGCCCCGGCCGGCUCUCAGCUGCAGCAGCAGCAGCCUCCGCCGCCGCAGUCAGAGAAGCAGCCCGUUUUUCCGAGCUGCCACUGCAGUUUUUCAGAGCAGGAGGCGAGCUUGUCUCAAAACCAGUCCCAUCCUUUCCAGCCUCUCCCACCUCAUCCCUCCCCGCCUAUUCCGCCGCCUAUUCCGCCGCCACCAACGUCGUCCUCUUCCUCUCUGCUCUUUUCCCGGGAAUCUAAGAGGGGGGAUCGUCUCCGAAGGAGUGCCAGUAAUUACCAACAGGCAAGCAUCGUGGAACGCUGCAGGGGAGGAGGAGGAGGAGCAGGAGGGCACCGAGACCACAGGCAGUUGUUGCAGCAACAGCAGCAGCAGCAACAGCAUCAGCAGCAGCAACAGCAUCAGCAGCAGCACUGUCAUUUAAGACUCCAGCAGAAAGACCCCUCCCCUGAAGAAAUCCGUGCAAACUCACAGAAAGGGCGCUCUUUAAAUGUAUGCGAGUCAACCGAGGCUAGGAGAGCAUUCGAGUUUCAGACUCAGGACCUGCAGCAGCAGCAGCAGCAACAGAUCCCACAAUUACGAGCGCAGCAACAGCUACUGGUGGGGAGCAGCUUGCCUAUCAACUACUGCGCCAGCGACUCAGGAGAGCUAUGUAGGACUCAUCGGGCUCCACUGCUGCAACAGCAAGAGCAGCAGCAGCGGCAGCAGCGGCAGCAAGGCGCACUGGGGCUCUGUCCCCAGCGUCCGCAGCACUGUGAACAAGACCGCAAUAAGUCUGGGAGGAUCACCGCGCAGAGCGACCAGCCAAACAACCGCGACUCCCGCGUAACCCCCCCGGUAACACAACAGGCAUACGCGGGGAACUCGUCCGCGACUACCGGCAGCAACAGCAGCAAAGACAGCCCCAACUACGGCUCGAGCUAUCACCUGUGGCCCGAGAGUCCACAUAAAGGAGAGGAGAGGAUACGCAUAGACCUCCACAAGGCCAAUACUGAGCAGAAGAAGCUGAGCCAUGCUGGAUCCAAGCCCUCCCUCUCUGAGAGCUGUGGCCGACUCCCUCAGAUAGCCAUGAACACCUGCAAGUACAAUGGCGGAGUGGUGAGACCACUAGUGGGCAGCCUGGCGUCCUCGUCGCGCCGCAACCUCGCGGAGCUCGACUCGGAGACGCAACCCUUGCAGACGUUGCACAGCUCUGGCCUGGAGGUGGUGGUGUCCAAGGGCAACGGCGGCGAAGACCCCAGCAAGGCAUCCAACGAGAGCUUGGUCAGGGAGGGCAGUGGGCGGGGCAGUGGGCGGGCACCCCAGAAGAAGAACAGGGACAUUGGCUACAAGCUCGGCCACCGGAGGGCGUUGUUUGAGAAGCGGAAACGGUUAAGCGAUUACGCUCUAAUCUUUGGGAUGUUUGGGAUUGUUGUCAUGGUGACAGAGACGGAACUGUCAUGGGGGGUUUACACUAAGGAAUCUUCAUACUCAUUUGCACUGAAAUGCCUUAUCAGCCUUUCCACUGUUAUAUUGCUUGGUCUUAUAAUAAUGUACCAUGCCCGGGAAAUCCAGCUGUUUAUGGUCGACAAUGGUGCGGAUGAUUGGAGGAUAGCCAUGACGUAUGAGCGAAUCUUCUUCAUCGUGCUGGAACUACUGGUGUGUGCCAUUCACCCCAUCCCGGGCCAGUAUGUCUUCACAUGGACAGCGCGGCUGGCUUUUACCUACACGCCGUCGGUGGCCGACGCGGAUGUGGACAUCAUCCUCUCCAUCCCCAUGUUCCUGAGACUCUACCUGAUUGGCAGAGUCAUGUUACUCCACAGCAAGCUGUUCACGGACGCUUCGUCCCGCAGCAUUGGCGCCCUCAACAAGAUUAACUUCAACACACGCUUUGUCAUGAAGACCCUCAUGACCAUCUGUCCAGGAACUGUUCUGCUGGUGUUCAGUAUAUCCUCCUGGAUCAUUGCUGCAUGGACUGUGCGUGUCUGUGAGAGGUAUCAUGACAAACAGGAAGUGACCAGUAACUUCCUGGGAGCCAUGUGGCUCAUCUCGAUUACCUUCCUCUCCAUUGGCUACGGAGACAUGGUACCACACACCUACUGUGGGAAAGGCGUGUGUCUGCUUACAGGGAUCAUGGGAGCUGGUUGCACUGCGUUGGUAGUUGCAGUGGUAGCCAGGAAGCUGGAGCUAACCAAGGCUGAGAAGCAUGUCCACAACUUCAUGAUGGACACACAACUCUGCAAACGAGUAAAGAACACAGCUGCCAAUGUACUCAGGGAAACAUGGCUCAUUUACAAACACACAAAAUUGGUCAAGAAGAUAGAUCACGCCAAGGUGCGGAAACACCAGCGCAAGUUUCUCCAAGCCAUUCACCAAGCUCAGAAACUGCGCAGUGUUAAGAUGGAGCAAAGAAAACUCAAUGAUCAGGCUAACACCUUGGUGGACCUGGCAAAGACCCAGAAUGUGAUGUAUGACCUGGUGUCGGAGCUGCAGGAACGCAGCGAGGAGCUGGAUAAGCGCAUCGGCACAUUGGAGGACAAGCUGGACUCAGUGACGGGCAGCCUGCAGGCACUGCCCUGCCUCAUCUCGCAAGCCAUAACCCAGCAGCAGCAGGACUUCCUGGACGGCUUUGUUCACCGCUUUCGACCCGCUUCGCUAGCCUCUGAGCGUUCCGAACGCUCCGAGCGAUCCUGGACUUCCACCGCCCGUAGGCGGCGCUCUCCCUCCACAGCACCACACACCUCCUCUGAUAGCGGAUAACCUUGACAAAUCUUCUGUAAUCACCUUUGAGCCCCACCUUUCCCAAACCAACGUGUCGCCUCAUUCUGUCCCAUCCAAUUCUGUCUCAUAUCUGCUGGCAAGUCCAUGUCUGGACUAAUAAUGAACCCACAUCUUGGUCCGUGACCUGAUCCUUGUCCUUUCCCUCCCACUCAUUCCUUCCUCUCCACCUAAUGAAAAAAAAAAAUCCAGAAAACCAGUUUCUCUGUGACUGAGCCUCUCAGCACAGGCCUGAUUAGAGCUACUCGAAAAGAACAAAGAAAAGAAAGCAAAGACUUAAAUCAAGAAAAAACAAAUGCAUCCAAAAAAGAAAAAUAGAAAAAAAAUUACAAACUGAGAUAAAGUAGAGAUAUGGUUUAUGUUUUAGCCAUUGUAUGGCUGUCCAAGUUAGCUUUUUUUGUAAAAGCCCUUGUAUAGUUAAAAAAAAAAAAAAGAAAAAGACUGAGUUCAGGGUUGCUGAGGUGAGAGCUGGCUAUCACACCGGAGAGUCCUUAACAACAAGGGGGGAAGUUGGUCUGUGGAGCUGAGGGCCUUGGCUCACCUGCUGGCCCUCUGAGGCCAUGGAGGACAUCUGUCCACCCAUCUGUCCGUCUACCUGUUUGUCCGGUGAGGAGAACAAGACAAACCAUUGGACUUCCCUUUCAAAUGACUAGUGUCAUGGAUUCUUUCCCAUAGUUUAGGGUGAAAGCUUUAGGAGAGGCUACAAAAGCUCUGACUUCAGGUCAGUGAUUGAAAAUGCACUUAAAGGGGAGGAGAAACUGUUACACAAAUAAAUAGCAAUGGGGAUGCAUAUGGCAUUACUACUGGGUAGGAAAAAUGAUCACUAUUGCCAACUUCAAGGUAUCAGCUUCCUUGUUCUUACCAAGGAAAAAAAUGAGAGCGACUAUCUUUUUUAGUUACAUAUUGACAUGUGAUUUUUCAGUGCCUGAAUGUAUAAAUAGUAGAGGGUUAUUUAAUUACUAAUUUCAGAGCUUUUUUACGAUGUUAACAGUCUAAAUACAACAUUGCAUUCCUUUUUCAGAUACAUUCCUCUCCAAAACUUUAAAGAAAAUGUCUAACAUGCAUAACAUUGCCUCCAUUACACUGCAACUCUAAAUGUUUUGAAAACCUGUUUUUCUAUUUCUAACACAGCGACAAAUGGAGAAGUACUGCGAGAAACCCGUGGCGAGACAGAUUGAGAGCAUAUUUGUGUGUUUCAGAGAACAAGUUCACUUUAAGCUCAAUGCUGCACAGUCAUACACAACAAAUAUGAAAUAUGUAGUAGUCUACCUUUCUCACUACCACUAAUUAGAACUUCCUGUGGUCUUCAGAAAAUUGCAUGGCUUGAGGUCUGCUGGGAUACAGGCACAAACACAUCACUGGUCAAACUGAGUAACUAACCCAGCUCUUUUGCAUGGUUCUGUCCAGAAGUAGUUAUGGAUCACACCCAGAUGGCUCUGGUUAUUUAUACACUUGGUUUCAUUAGAUUACCUUUGGUUUGUUGGUUGCUUUUCUUUUGUAUUAUAUUUUUUAAUUUUGUUUUCCCCCAAUUUUUUAUUUUGCGAGGAUACCUGUGUUUUUUUAGAGUUGCAGAACCUAGAGAAUUGCAGCAAGUUGAUUCUGUAAUUGAUUCCCUGUUAAAAAUAUGAAGAGAGAUUUAAAAAAAAAUCAGUAUUACAAAAAAAAUCCUCAAAAAUACAAAAAAUGCAGAAGAAACUUUUGGGUUACAAAACAGUGAACUGAUCUCAAAGUAAAUAAACCAUAGUUUUACAGUUAAAAAAAAGAAAAAAACGAUUAAACUUAUAUGCUGUCUUGUAGUCUAGUAUGUUAUCACUGCCCCUCAUGUCUGUACUUUAAAUAUAAAAUUAGCUUUAGAUUGGCUUAACUGGUGGGAGACUGCAAGAUUAAUUUUUGUGUAUGUUGUCAUCUACAUGCAGAGAAAUUUAAGUAAUAAACACAAAUUCACAUUAACUACUUACAUUCCUGAGUCCAGCCAGAAUCAAAACAACCUGAGAUAUAUGCUAGCUCUAGCUCCUCUUAAGCUAUCGCCAGCAUAUUGUGUCACAUUAUCUCCAUUAUGUAGAUUAUACUGGAUGCACUGGGGGCUUUCUGAGGGGUUUUUUUUCUCAGAGAGCUGCAGUGACUCAUGGUUUGUAAUGCUAGCACUGCCUGGGAAAGUUUAGAAAAAGAUGCAUCAGGAGUUCACUGUGAUACAACACAAACUUUGACUAGUGAAAAACAGACUUAAAAUGUACUUAUCAAAGAAACAGCCAGUUUCUUAAAAUAUCUUUUAGUAUUACAAGAACAAGACACAAUACUCAGAUAGACCCUUAAUUAUAGUUCAAGCUUUAUUACAAAUAAAGUCUAAUUAAGUCAAAAUUAUUCCAAACAGUUGUUAUAAACUGGGAAAUUGGCUAUAGGUACCAAAUCCAUUGUAAAGAUUUUACUUCUACUGUAAAAUUGGGCAUGUCUGUCAGAGCUUCUGAGUUUUGUCACUUUCAGUCUGUGGCUUCAAUUGACUCAUCAGGAGCAUAAGCUAACUGGUUUCUAAUACUAGCUUUAUAUUUACUGUACAGACCUGUAGUCUAAGUGGACAGCUCUCAGUAGUAAAGUAUAAUAUUGAACUGUUCUUUGAGGCCUUUGCUUUGGUUAUCUGAGUGGUACAGUGAUGGAUAAGAAGUGAGGGGAAAACAUCUAUGAAAGCAUGCACUGGCAUAUUCUAGUGCUGUGAUGACUUGCAAAGUUUAAUUUGAAGACAAAUAUUUAGGAUUUUCCCAGAGCACAUUAGAACAGAACAGGAGGUCAUCAGGUUAGCAGGCUAGGAUGAUUUGAACAGUAGAUUAUUUGAGUCCCAAAAGAACGCUAGUGCUAAAUCUCAUAUUUGUGGUCCCUUAAGCAAAUGGACAGUUGUAGGAUCAUUAUUAUUUCCAUGGUCUUAAUUAUUUCCAAGCUGCUUUAGGCUUAACUGAGUCUAGGUCCAACCCUGUGAGAGAACAAACAGGUUCGCUAUCUCACAGGCUCUGGAUUGACCAGAGAGCACUUCUUUUAAGAAUGUAUUCAGUUUGCUACAAGUGCAACUUAAUCGAGCAUGAAUAUUAGCUUUUUCCCUUUCAACUUGAGUUGAUGAAGCAUGACUCUUUACUGCCCCCACCUUUAGCCUUUCCUAUCUCAGAGUGCUACACUUCUCCCUAAUAGUAGCCUAUAAAGAGAUCUAUCAUGCUUUUGCAGUCUCUGUUUCAAUCAGUAUCAUCCAAUUAGUCAGGAUGGCUAAGCCUAUCUGCUUGAUUACAGCCUUACCUGCCUGUUCCUAUCUAAGGUUUCCACCUUGUCAUUACAUCUGGUACGUCCUCACGUUUUUCAUCUGUCAUUAUUAAGAAUAUCAGUCCCUCAUACAAAAGUAGGCUUGACAGAUGGCCUGCAGAAAAGACAUUGAAGUGGUUCCAAAAAAAAAAAAACCCAACCAAAACAAAGAAAAACUGCAAGGGAGGAAGAAGCAAUGGAAACCCAGGUCAUGUCCCAUUUUGUACUUGGUGUGUAGUUACAACAGAAAGGAUCACAGAUGCUGGAGUCUCUUCCCCAGAGAGACAUAACAAUGCUGGUGUUAAGGACUUCAUCGGGUGGCACGAAAAAAAAGGAAAGACUUUGCUCAUUCACUGACAGGAAGGUUAUGAACAGCAAGAUUGGGUGUCCUGUUAAUAUGACCUCAUUGUAGAUGUCACCAUUUAAACAGGACAAAGGUGAAAAGGUAAAGGUAGGUGGCUGCCAACAUGUCAUAGGUAUGUAGUAAAAAAAAUGCCUAGAAAUUACACGAGGGGAUUGAAAUUCUGGCAGUUACAAAAGAAACCCCCAAAAGACCUUUUAUUGUUUUACAUUUGCAGAUAGGAAAUUUAAUCCAGGAUCUGCUGUUCCUUACUCUGUUGUAAUUGGUUUUCUUUGUAUCCCAUCACAAAGACCAGCCUAAACACCAUUCUAAUAUUUACUGAACUGAUCCUUUUCUAGAAGAUGAAACACAUACACAGUAUUUCAUAGUGAAGUGAGGGACAUUCAUGAUGUUGCUCUGAUAAUGGUAGAUAAGACAAAACGAUUAACACAUCCCGGACUUUUAUUAUAAGUAGGCUUUCGUCAUAGAGCAGGCAUCAGAACACACUUCUGCUGAGUACAGAGUGAACCCCCCACUCCCCAAAAAACUGAAAAAAUGUAACCAAAUCAUUGUUCUGUGUACACUGCCACAUGAUGCAUAAUGUACGUAGUAGCACUGGAAUAAAUCAACUUUUAAUGGAUGGCAAAUGGGUUUAACAUGUUCUCUGUAUACUGUUCAUUGUUCCUUCAUUUUGCAGGUGAACCUUUGUCCUAACAAGGAGAGACACCAAGGUCAACAUUAAAGACUAUCUUCAUCUA